AGGUGUUAUUAGAUGGAAUGCUCGAUCCGAUGGCAACCAGCAACGGUCGCGUUCGGCAAACGUCGGUCGUGCUUCGUCCAACCGACGUUCGACCAAGAAAAGGUAAUUUCCUUCUAAUAACCUUGAAAAGUUUGGUAGUUAUUCUUUUCCCUUGGCGCUAGAAAAGCUGCCGCCAUAUUGCGUUGUGCAAUCUGUGGAUUUCUAAAUAUUUAUUUACGGAAUGGCGUUAUAACCUAACAUAUACUGAAAAUCGCACAUCUGCAGCACCUUCUAGGUUGGAAACGUAAUUUAUUGUUUUUUUUUUUAUGAUUCCCUACGGAAAAUUACGUGGUUUAUGUGAUAUACGCAAAAAAUCGAGAUAAAAUGAGUACUCAAUCCUUUCUACUAGAGACAGUUUUUCGAUUUUCGCCAUUAAUUCGGUUUUUAUGGGAACCCCCGGGUGCGCAGACAUUCCGCCGUUGGAAGGCCGCAAUUGGCUCGUGCACCGGCACUGGACUAGAUGCGAAUACGACGCGUGUCAAACUCUCAUCGAAGAGGAGCUAAUUGUUUCCAAAGGACGCAACGAACACGCUCAUUACAUGAAGGGCCUUGUGCUUCGCAGGACGGGAAGAUUACGGGAAUCACUCGAGUGUUUCCAGAAUUGCUACGACCUUAACGCCGCCAGUAUAAACAACGUUAAGCAGAUAGCUAAAACAUUGUACUUGCUGGGAAGUUACAAGAGCGCCAUGGAGGUGUUCCUGGAGGCGAGGAAGCUGGACUCAUCCGAUUGGGAAAUCGAGCGCGGUCUUGGGGAGUGUUGCAUGAAGCUGAGCCUGCCAAAAGAGGCGGAUGGUUACCUGAGGAAGGCCGCAGCCUCCACCAGGAACGAAAGACCCGUUCUCGCCCUGGCGAGGCUCCGCGUCGCGUGCGGAGAAUUUCCGGAGGCUGCGAGUCUCCUUGCGGCCGUCUUACGGAUCGCCCCAGAAUGCCACGAAGUCGACCUAGAAUUGGGCCAGCUGUACCUGCGAGUGAACGACACAAGGCAGGCGCAAGAACAGUUGACGAAAAUUCCGCCCCGUGGCGCUGAUCCGCGACUUCCCGCGGGAUUCCUGGCGCAGGAACGCCGAGAGUACAAUGCUGCAUUGUCCGAGUACAAGGCGGCGACGCUUCGCACACCAGACUCUUUCUGUCUAUGGAACAACAUCGGCACGUGCUUCUUUGAGAAGGAGAAGUUCAUUGCGGCAAUCGGCUGUUUAAAGCGAGCGCAUUACCUAGACCCCACGGCGGUGCUGCCAACAUUUAAUCUGGGCAUGGUUCACCUGUCUAUCCAGCUUCCCAUGUCUGCGGCCGUUUACCUGUGCGCCGCCGCCACCAUAGCUCCAAAAUACCCUAGGUGUUUUCUACUCCUCGCAAUUGCCCUGGGUCAGUUAGGUGACGAAGAUGGGGCACUCAAAUCGUUAACUGAAGCCCAUUUGUUGGAUCCGCGAGACCACUUUGUUAUCAUCAACAUGGCCGCCCUCCUUUUUCGUAAAAACGAGGUGGAACGCGCUGAAACUCUUCUGGCCUCUCUCGAGCCUGAUCGAGCUGCUCGGCUCUUGCCCACCAAGGUUGAGAAGGUCGCCGCGGGACUCAGAGCAAGAUUUAAAACUUCAGGAGUAAACCCCGAUCUCGUUGAGCAAGAAAAGUAAAGAAGAUUAAAAGUUGUCAUCUACGCUAUGUAUUCUCCGUGUAAAUAUAUUAAGACCCGAUUCCAUAACUCGAGUUAACCGAAGUUGUGAAACCGGGCUUAAGUGUCGAUCGAAACGCCCAGACAGUCGAUUCUGUAACUUGAAUCUAAUGAAAAUGCUGAAAGCGAGCACCUGCGAUUCUAUACCUUUCACUAUGAUGAAAAUGUGGGAUACUUCGCGUGAGACUAGUCGACGGGAUUUCAGACCGACUACUUUCAGUCUAGAGAUCUCACAUUUUCACUCAGUAGAUAUAGAAUCAGGUAAAUAAAUUCUCGCGAAUUAAGAGUGCGAGAAUGAGCACUCUCACCAAAAAUACAUAAUCGACUCUGCGUAUUAUUAAUGCGAUUUACUGGAUCCAGACUCGGUAAAUCUCGGAUUUAGGAGUGCGUUGGAGACGUGGUCAUUGUCCUGCCGGUUAAUUCGCAAACAAGAAUACUUUAUGAUUUUGAGAGUUAACACCGUAAGUUAUUUUCAGUCAAACUGCAGAAAAAAUUUGUCUUAUCUAAUAUUAACAUGCUAUUAUGUAUGUACUACAAAAUAUAAAAUAAAUAAAACCCAAUGAAGAAUUAA